CUGUAGACCGGCUCAUACAGACUCACUCAGGAUUGCUCUUCUUCAUCUCCACUCAUUCUCUUUUCCUUUCUCUCUGUUGUAUUUUGCUGCAAUGCAAUUUUUUCUUUAAACAAAAAAAAAAAAAAAAAAAGGAGGACCAACAUGACGGUGGAUUUUGAAGACUGCCUCAAAGAUUCACCCCGUUUUAGGGCGAAUAUCGACGAGGUAGAGACUGAAGUGGUGGAGAUUGAAGCGAAGCUGGACAAGUUGGUGAAGUUAUGCAGUGGGAUGAUCGAAGCGGGGAAGGCGUACGUCAGCGCCAACAAGCUGUUCGUCAACGGCAUCCGGGACCUGUCUCACCAGUGCAAGAAGGACCAAAUGAUAUCAGAAUGUCUGGAGAAGUGCGGCGAGAGUCUGCAGGAGAUCGUGAACUACCACAUGAUCCUGUUUGACCAGGCACAGAGAUCCGUCAAGCAGCAGCUGCACAAUUUUGUCAAAGAGGAUGUGCGAAAGUUCAAGGAACGAAAAGCACUUGAUCGGGUGCGUGAGGAUCUGGAGAUCACUCAGGUGAAGAACGCUCAGGCGCCCAGGAACAAGCCGCACGAGGUGGAGGAGGCCACCAGCUCCCUCAACAUCACCCGCAAGUGCUACCGCCACCUAGCACUUGACUACGUUCUGCAGAUCAACGUUCUUCAGGCCAAAAAGAAAUUCGAGAUUCUAGACGCAAUGUUGUCGUUCAUGCACGCACAGUACUCGCUCUUCCAGCAGGGGUUCAACCUGCUCAAUGAGAUCGACCCUUACAUGAAGAAGCUGGCAGCCGAGCUGGACCAGCUGGUGAUCGAUUCAGCGAUGGAGAAAAGAGACAUGGAGCACAAACACGCAACGAUACAACAGCGGACUCUUCUACAGGACUUUGCCUACAACGACCAGAAGGUGGAGUUCAACCUGGAUGCCCCCAAUGGCGUAGUGAUGGAGGGCUACCUGUUCAAACGGUCCAGUAACGCCUUUAAAACGUGGAACAGGCGGUGGUUCUCCAUUCAGAACAGUCAGCUGGUGUAUCAGAAGAAGUUGAAGGACUCACUGACUGUAGUAGUAGAAGACCUGAGACUGUGUUCAGUCAAACCCUUUGAGGACAUCGAGAGACGCUUCUGCUUUGAAGUGGUGUCUCCGUUCAAGAGCUGUAUGCUGCAGGCUGAGUCUGAGAAACUCCGCCAAGCCUGGAUCCAAGCAGUGCAGGCCAGCAUUGCCUCGGCCUAUAGAGAGAGUCCAGACAGCUACUGCACCGAGCGCCUGGACCGCACGGCGUCUCCCUCUACCAGCAGCAUCGACUCGGCGAGUGAGCCUCGAGAGCGCAGCCUACGGGCCGAGAGCGUGCUGCAGAGGGUGCAGUGUGUCCCGGGCAACGGCGUGUGCUGUGAUUGCGGUCAAGCCGAUCCAACCUGGGCCAGCAUCAACUUAGGAAUCCUGCUCUGUAUUGAGUGCUCCGGCAUACACCGGAGUUUGGGAGUGCACUGCUCCAAAGUCCGGUCUCUCACUCUGGACUCUUGGGAACCUGAACUACUCAAGUUGAUGUGUGAUCUGGGUAACAGUGUUAUAAACCACAUUUACGAGGGCACGUGCGAGGAGCAGGGCAUGAAGAAACCAGGAGCAAACGGCACCAGGCAAGACAAAGAGGCAUGGAUUCGAGCCAAGUAUGUCGAGAAGAGGUUCCUGAAAAAGAUGGCGACGGCAGAGGCCCUGGCCAACAGCGAGAGGAAAUCGGAAAGGCGGUGGGCGACGAAAAAGUGCCGACGCCACAACAGCGCCGCCACCGUGCCCAAACACCGGCGGAAAUACAGACAGAAUCCCGGCUCAGCCACCACAGCGCUGGAGAGAAAGUUUCGGCGAGAUUCGCUCUUCUGUCCUGACGAACUAGACUCUUUGUUCUCCUACUUUGACAACGGCUCAGGGCCUCGCAGUCCCGCAGGUCUCAGCAGUGACAGCGGUCUGGGAGGCAGCAGUGACGGCAGCACCGACGUCCUUCUGUUUGGCUCGGUGGUGGGCAGCGUCACUGAGGAGGAGUGUGAAGCGUCUGAGGAGUCGAGUGGUGAGGUGGAGCCGGAGCCGGAGGCGUCAGACCCAGAGGAUGUGCGUGAGCUGCAUCCUGGUGCGCUGCUCUAUAAAGCCUGCAAGGCUCGUAACCUGCCCGUCAUGGCCGAAGCACUGGCACACGGCGCUGACGUUAACUCUGCCAACGACGAGGACGAGGGCAAGAGCCCACUCAUACAGGCCGUGAUCGGAGGUUCUUUAAUAGCCUGCGAGUUCCUGCUACAAAACGGAGCAAACGUCAACCAAAUAGACCUGAAAGGACGAGGGCCGUUACACCAUGCUACGUAUUUAGGGCACACGGGGCAGGUGUGUUUGUUCCUGAAACGUGGAGCCACACAGAACGACGGCGACGACGACGGUCAGGAUCCUCUCAGCAUUGCGGUGCAGGCGGCCAACGCCGACAUCGUCACUCUGCUACGUCUGGCUCGGAUGAACGAGGAGAUGAGGGAGUCCGAGGGGCCGUUGGGGCAACCAGGUGACACCACGUACCUGGAUAUCUUCCGUGAGUUUUCUCACAUGGCGUCUCACAACCCCGAGAAGCUGAAACGCAGGAGCAUUCACUUCCGCCACUCCUUUAGAGUUUGAAGGACGAGGAUGGUCAGGGCUGGGACAUGAACUAGGGAGGACCGUGUGACAGUCUGACCCGCUCACAGUGUGAGAGAAAUUUCCAAGUGUUUUAAUCAAAGUCGAAGAAUUUUUUUUUUAAAUGGAGACGGCAAAAAACAGGUUCAUAAAGUCCAAACAAAAUCCCAAAAGUUAAAACAAGAAAAAACAAGAGAAAAUGCUACAUAAUCCCUUAAAAAAGAAACACAAGGAAAUAGGACACAGGUGGUGAUAAUAAAUGUGUCAGACAGACACAGGAUGACAUGAGAAGCAAUGAGGACAUCUAGUGGAUAAAAGACAGUAGCACACAAGUCCAAAAAUUCCAGGCAGCUGGAAUCGAGGUUAUAUUUCACGUUUCUCAGCCUGCACAAGCUAGAAUUAUUUAUCAAGCAAUUCAGAUACCAGUAAUAUCAAUUACAGUUCAUUAGAAACAUGUUUAUUUGACCUUUAUACAUUUUAUAAAUACAGAAAUGUUUUAGUAGCUUUAUGAGGAUGAGCUGGACUUAUCCUUUUUUUUUUUUUCAUUUUCUCUGCAUCAUUGUUCGGAGUGUAUUUUAAUAUUGUGUCUUCCAGAGAUUAGUGGCAUAUUAAAGCUCACAUCAUUACAGUUCUUAUUAAAGGACAUGACUUCUGCGUUAGUGGCUGCAUGUACGUACCAAAAAAAGCCCAUAAGGAAAAGUCAGUUUCUGCUUCUGCCUCGAUGAGGGUGUAUGUAUGGUGUGUUGUGUGAUGACUAUGCUGGUGUAGUCCUACCUUCAUCCUGCUUUUUAUUCUGUACAGUUCCCAUAAAGCGUCACAGACUCAAAGCAGCAUGUUGUACAUGUACAGUACUUUUUAGAUGCAAAAUGCUAAUAUAUCAUGAAACUUGUGGUAUUUUGUAACAAAUAAAUAAACUGAAAUAAAA